CACUUUUUUUCUCCAUAGGCAUGGGCAUAAUUGUAGCAUAUUCACUAAAGAAAGAUAACAUCAAGCCAAAGUCAGCCCUGAGUUGCUGUAAUGUGGAGCAGUACAGAUACAAGAGGGUAGCGUCCUCACAUAAAAAUAGUCUCUCUUUUGUUGCUGGCAAAAGUUCAUCAGGAAUCGUCAUGGAAACAAAGCUAAAUUUCUUUCUCUUCUGGGGGCACUAAAACAUGCCUCCAUCAUCAGGUUUAUCUCAGCUCUUGUAGAGUAUUCUUGCUUUGUCUUUUUUUUUUUUUUUUUUCCUCUCUCCUUUGUCUAAAUCCUUUUUUUUUUCCUCGUUCAUUUGGCAAAAGCUGUUUUUUUUUUUCCUCUCGGUUCAAUUGGCGAAAGCUGCUGUAUGCUUUGAGGAUGGUAAUUUAGGUUUGUUUUCAUUUUGAACAUUUUAUAUUCUUUUCCAGUUGGAGUGUAGCCAAUUAAAUGAACUGCUGAUGAAGAAACUAACUUCUUAGUUGAAGGAUUGGAGUUUGUUUAGUAUUGGUAUAAAAGAAGCUUUGCUGCUGAUAGUACUGUCACAGAACAGGAGUGCUUUCCCAGGAUAAGCUCAAUUAAAAGAAAACCGUAGCUAUCAAGUUAAAUUAAGAACUCUUCAGUCUAUGGCUAGAAGAAAUGUUUUGCUGCUACAGAAGUACUUCUUGAAGAAUAUGCUUGCUUUUCUAUAUGAUCAAUAACUGCCUUGGAAUUUAUUGGUGAGAUUUUAUUCAUCUAUCAAGUAUUUUGAUUGGAGCAGUGUCUCUGAAGAUGAGUUAUGGUAGUCAUCUCAAAAUAUGAACUUGUUUUCAAAGUUAAAUAUGUUUUAACUUUUAAAUAGCAAGAUGAUGUUGAUGUUGGACACCUUUUGAAUGUUAAAUGACAAUGAUGAACUGAAAUUGCUCUACCUGAAAUUACUCAGGCAAUUUCGUUGCUAAGAAUGUGAGAAAAUGUUUUGAUGAAUUCAUAACAUUGUACCAUAUGGAAUUGAAUAAGAAAGAAUGUAAUGAGUU